UUGUAGUUAUUCUGUGGUUAUUUUUCAUAUUUCUUUCUAACUGGUGCAAUGGCCACUGAUUCCGAAAAUCUGUCUGCUCCGCAAGUCGGUACCAACUACGCAAAAAAUCGUAACAAAAAGCGUAAAUCUGCGGGUAAACGUUUCCUGCAGAAUGCGAAAGGAUUCGGCCGGAAAAACAGCUUCGGUCGUGGUGCCGAACUCGAUCAGGAAGAGUACAGCUACUUCGUUGGCAUUCUGGAAGCCAUCACGGCGAUUGGUGGUGGUGGUGAGGAUGGCACUGAAGACGAACUUUGCACGAUGGCUAACAACGUGUACGAACAGAUCGGCGGUAAGGAGAUCAAGACGGCCUCUAAUCAGCUGAGUAGCCGUGUGUUGGAGCACUUGCUCGGUUUUACCGACGAGGUAACCUUGCAGCAUUUAAUGACACAGUUCGGGGAUAAUUUUCGUGUCGUCUGCUGUGAUAAAUUUGCAUCGCAUGUGCUGCAAAAGUUGCUUUUCGUAGCGAUGCUACGAUGCGUUGGUGCACUGCAAGUUAAACAGGACGGGACAGCCGCCAAAAAGCAACGGUCGGAUAUCAGCCGGGAAAUUGAUUACAAUCUGGCGCAGGAGUUUAGCGCUGAUCAUCGAAAAUUGUGCGCGAAAUUCGUGAAGAAAGUGGCAAAAUUUUUGCUCAACAAUCUGGAGGAGUUUGUGUGGGACCCAUUUGGGAAUUAUGUCAUUCGACAGUGUAUUCUGAAUUUGGCUGGAAUUGCGGAACUAAAAAUUGGGAAAGGCGAGUCUUCAGAGGUCCGAAAGCUGGUAGUACCCGACAAGUGGUUCAAACUCAUUAAUGAGUUUUGCUCACGCCUGCUGGCGUGGCCUCAAUUUGGAGAGCUUCCCUUCAGUGAGUUUACUUCCGCCCUGCUGCAGAGUUUGCUGGCUUCACUCGAUCGUGCUGAGGAUAAAUUUCAACUGCUUCAGCUCAGCGAAAAGUUACUCGAUAGUUUUCUUCCGGAAACUCCUCCGGCUGACGAGACGGAGCAGACUGAAUCUGAGUCAACAAAACAACUGCCAAAAGUGUUUCAACAAGACAGUUCGAUCCGGUUGCUGGAAGCUUUGCUACCGGUCGUUGAUUCUGAUUUCCUUAAAAAUCAAUUGUACAAAAAAGUUUUUCAAGGAAACAUUGCGGCUUUAAGCCAAUCUCGUAUGGCGAACUUUGCGAUUCAAAAGUUACUAAAUAACGUGUCAGAUAAACACGUCCUGGAGCUUAUCUUCUCAGAACUGGACGAAGGUUUGGAGGAAAUAUUAAAGCUUGGCCAUACUGGGAUCGUCGCUUCGCUGGCGAAAGCUUGCUCGCGAUUAGCCUGUCAGCAGGGAAAGUUCGUGAAACUACUGCUGGAUGCUCUGCACUGCUCGGAAACGGCUGGCGAAAAACUGCUCACAUCUGUUCUCAAGCUAAUGCCACCGGAAGUGCUUACCGAGCAGCCAUCUGCCGCGAUUAACCUGCAUGGUUCGAUAAUCUUGCAAUCCGUGUUGGAUUUUAAUAAACCAAUUAAAAUGGUAGCAGCGAUUUUAGAUACAAAAAAUGAUCAUUUGGCAAAGAUAUUUACGGAUCCGAAGGGUUCGUUUGUUGCUAAUGCCUUCGUAGGGUCCAAGUUUGUUGGUGAAAAAUCUCGCGAAAAAUUAAUUCGUCAUCUGGAAGGAUGCUACAUGGAUUUGGCGCUGUCUCUUCAUGGCUCCCAUGUGCUGGAAUUGCUGUAUGACGCUGGAAGUCAGGCUCAAAAGGAAGCCAUCGUACGUGAACUUUCGGAACGAGUCGGCCAGUUGAACAGCAAACCAUGGGGAAAAAUUAUUAACCAAAAGCUGCGAGUCGAUGGGUACCGGCAAAAUCCUGCACAAUGGAAGAAUACAAAGCUGACCGGUCAGCAGCCGGCGGAAAAAGCGGUGGACGUCGGACGAAGCAGUAAAAAACGUAAGUGA